AUGCCACGAAUCAUUCAUCUUGUGCGUCACGGCCAAGCCGUUCAUAACCUCUGCGAAGCAAAUAACGUUCUUCCCGACACCGUCCUCACGCCUUUGGGACAAGAGCAAGCUAAAGGCCUGAUCUCCAAAUGCCCUGAACUUGCCAAUGUCGACCUGAUCGUGUCAUCGCCACUGCGACGAACUCUCCAAACGACCCUUCUGGCAUUUUCUUCGCAAUUAGAGCGCGGCUUACAGGUCGUGGCCUUGCCGGAAGUACAGGAAGUCAGCGACAUGAACUGCGAUACGGGCAGCGAUCUCAACGUGAUAAAGGCCGAGUUCCAACAGCAGCCUGUGGAUUUCAGUCUUGUUGAGCCAGGCUGGCAAAUAAAGGAUGGUAAAUGGGCCCCAGUUGUUGGCAGCGUUUUAGAGAGGGCCCGGGCUGCACGGCAAUGGCUGAGCGAAAGACCCGAGUCAGAAAUUGUGGUCGUUACUCAUGGUUGCUUUUUGCAUUUCUUCACGGACGAUUGGGUCAACUCUGUGAACCCUGAUGGUACGGAUUGGGCUAAUGCAGAAGUUCGCUCCUAUACGAUUUCACAUGACGAGCGCGAAGGGCCAGUUUUAUGUGAGACUAGGGAGUCCAGAGAGAGGCGUGGAGUCGAGCCAGUUGCUACGACGAGAGAAGAACAAUUAGAGCUACGACAGGCUGCUUUGAAGGCAGCACUUGAAUGGGGGCUCAUACGGCCAUGA